GCCCCGCUCGCUCCCGCGGACGCUCAUUCAAAACGCGGCCGGGCUCUGGCGCCCGCAGCCCCGCACGGCGCCCGGGGCUCGGCGGGGCGGGCGCUGCCGGCCGCGAUGCCCGGCGGAGCCGCGGGCUGAGGCGGCCGCCCGCCCGCCGCCAUGCCGGUGAAGAACCGGUACAACCUGGUGGACGAUGGCUGCGACUCCCGCGUCCCGCUGCACAACGAGGAGGCCUUCCAGCACGGCAUCCACUUCCAGGCCAAGUACAUCGGGAGCUUGGACGUGCCCAGGCCCAACAGCCGCGUGGAGAUCGUGGCAGCCAUGAGGAGGAUCCGGUACGAAUUCAAAGCCAAGAACAUUAAGAAGAAGAAGGUGAGCAUCAUCGUGUCCGUGGACGGGGUGAAGGUGAUCCUGCGCAAGAAGCAGAAGAGAAAGGAGUGGACCUGGGACGAGAGUAAGAUGGUGGUGAUGCACGAUCCUGUGUACAGAAUUUUCUACGUCUCUCAUGACUCGCAAGACCUGAAAAUAUUCAGUUACAUCGCACGGGACGGCGCAAACAAUUCCUUCAGGUGUAACGUCUUCAAAUCCAAGAAGAAAAGCCAGGCCAUGCGCGUGGUGCGCACCGUGGGACAGGCCUUCGAGGUGUGCCACAAGCUGAGCCUGCAGCACGCCCUGCAGAACGCCGACGGGCAGGCCGACGGUGCCAGCGACAAAUCGGCCGAGGAGCAGACGCUGGAAGUUCACCAGAUAAAGGGCUCCAAGAUCACGGAUGUGGACGAGGUUGGCAUCGAUACUGGGGGCAUCUGUGUGUCCGAGAGGGGACCCAGAGAGCUGCCAGGUGCCAGGGGAGACCUUGGCAUGCUGAAACCUGGAAAGGAAAAGAACGGCCAGGAUGCCGAAAACUGCUCCCUCCACCUGGCCAGCUCCCAGCAGCUGCUCAGCCCGGGCAGCCCCUGCUCCUCGGCCUCCAUCACCCCGCUGGCCUCCCAGCACUGCCUCCAGCUGCUCCAGCAGCAGCUCCUCCAGCAGCAGCAGCAGACGCAGGUGGCUGUGGCCCAGGUGCAGCUGCUGAAGGACCAACUGGCGGCCGAGACAGCGGCGCGGAUCGAGGCGCAGGCCCGGGUGCGGCAGCUCCUGCUGACCAACCGCGACCUGCUGCAGCACGUCUCGCUGCUGGUGCGGCAGCUCACAGUGCUGGAGGCCCGGGAGGAGCACCGGGAUGAGCAUCGGCAGCCGGCUGACCACUCCUUGCAUAACCUGUCCCUGGCCCAGUCCCUCUCCCUGAACCUGAAGAACCACUACAGCCUGGAUGUCCACCUGCCAUCCACCUCCACCCCUGCCAGCAUCCUGGGCAGCCCGGUGGCCCCCGGCUCGCUGCCCUCCCUGGGCCCCAGGGACUCCUACCUCAACCUCGUCAGCCUGGACAGGGGCAGCCACCGCUGCGGCAGCAAGGAGGGGGACGAGUGUCUGGAGGGGCAGGAGGGGCUCAGCCGGCGCGUGGAGGGCUCCGAGGUCGGAGACUUCGCUCUGCCCAACGGGGGCAGCCGGCAGAAGGCGGAGGACAUGGCCAGAGGGGAUGAGGACAGGCGGCAGCCGCCCAUUCCCAAGCUGAACCCACCACCACCCAUCCUCCGCAAAAGGUCAAGCAAGACCUCCCCAAGCUUGGAAGUGGAGGUGAAGCCUGAGAGCACUGCCCACCUGAGCCUACCCAGUGCCAGCAUCUCCAGCCUCACCAGCAUCACUGCCAGCUCCCUCACCCUCUUGGACCCUGAGGCAAGGACUCCGGCACGGAGCGCUGCCUCCAGCACGGAGCCCGGCCCUGCUGGGACCUGCCAGCGCUCUCUGGGCAAGGACAGGACUGGAGACAGUGGGCCAAUGUCCCCCUUGGCCAGCAUCCAUGACCCAGCAGCCAGCGAGACCCUGGCCAAGGAGUUAUUGGCCCUGGGCAGCCCCACGGACAGCUCACUGCCCUUCUCCCCUGCGGAUGACACCUGCUUGCACAUCAGCUUCUCUGAAGAUGAGCUGGACACUGCUGUGGGGCCCAGCAGAGUCCCCUCUUAGUGGGGCCACAGGAGGUGGUAGCUGGUGGCUGGCAGUCCCAGCAGCUCCAUCCACAACCCUGCAGUGGGACUGGGGGUCCCUGUGCCCAGGCUACGAGACAGGUCCCUUUCCUGUCCCUAGAGGCCACCCCACAGGAGGGGACUGGCCAGCCCUGCCUCAGUCGGCACCAGCUCACACUGCUGUCACACUGCCAUCGUGUCCCUGCUCACAGCCAGGGAUGCUCACAGCAGAGAAUUCCCAGGGAGCUGCAGGCUGGAAGCCCUGGGCAGGGCUGUGGGACAAGAGACUGUUCUGUUCAUCGGUUGCCACGCGUGGCAGCCUGAGCAGGGCCACACAGCACAGCCACGGUGUCACUCUCCUGCCCAGCUCCCAGGGUGUGUCCCAGACUGCCACCACACUGGGACUCUCCAGAGCUGCCAGUGUCCACCAGCCCCACGCUGUGCCCAGCCCUGCUUUGGGGACAGCAGCCCCACCACUGUGUCCCCAUGCAGUGAAGCCACCACUGCCUCCAUAGGUGCCUUUUCCCACUCCCCAGCACCCACUGCCCACACAGGCUGGGCCCCACUCUGAGGCCACUGAUGGGUGCAGGGCUGGCCGUGGGAGCCUGCAGCAGGGGGUGACCCCCUAAGGAAGGGUGCACCCCAUGUCUUGGGGUCAGGGCAGAGAGCCCUCCCCUGCCCCCUGAGCUGCUGGUGGCUGCAGCAGGAGGCUGCUCCUUGUGCUGAUUGUAGGGUGUAAUGGUGUGGUUGGGUUUGGUCUCAGAAAUGUGAGUGUCCUGGGAGGAGUUCAGGUUUAAGGAAGAAGGGGGGUGAUACUCAUCCACCUUGGUUGUUUGUCUGAGGGUGUUGGGAAAGUGUCAGAGAGUCCAGUUGGGAAGUGUGAAACAGAAAUGGAGACUUGGAGCAGCCGUGCUGCCUGUCCCUGGCAUGGUGCUGCUCCUGCAGGGAGAGGGGGUGACAGGACAUGCACCCAGAGCCAGCCAUGGCAGUGACAGAGCCAGGACGGGGCUGGGACCGGGCUGGGGGUUGUAAAGCUCGGCUGGGCUGUCCUGUAGUGCAGUAGUGACAGCCCAGCCCCUCCAUAGGACACUGCGGUUUGGUAAUGGACUUUUAAAGAAAAAAAUAAACAGAUUUGCAGAGCCAGUGCUGUGUCUCUGCCCCGUGGGGCCUGUGCACAGGGGGUCCUGAGCCUGUGGGGUGGACUGGGAACUUCCAGGUAUUCCCAAAGAGGAAAGAUUCCUGCUGGAAAUAGCUGCUGAGCCCCUGAGCUGCUCCCUGAGCAGCCCCUGCCAGGAUGGGCACCACCAGGCAGGGCCCUGCUCCCCACACACUCCUUUUGCUCUUUCCUGGUCCUAUUUCUACUGCUGAAAUAAAUGCUGGCCACAGCACAGAGGAUGGAGGGUGGUAGAAUGCAGAUGGCAAAGCUGGAUGGGAUGGCACCAGUGGCAUUCCAGAGCACUGGGACCCCAAGGGCUGCCUGCAGCCAGAAUGCGCAAGAGACCCCUGAGCCUUGCAAGGUGAGGAAGGAAAUCCAGGGGCAGUUCACACAGAGACUCCAGAAGGGGCAAAUCUAUGAGAUUGUUCCCCCGUGCAGGACAGGAGGCCCAAAUGAAGGCACCCAGCACCUCUGUGGGGUCUCAGGGCCACUCUCCAUCCCUCCAUGGAGUGGGUGCAGCCUCCAGCAUGGCAGAGUGGGGAGCAGGGAGCCCCUUCCCCAGGCCCACUGCAGACAUCUGCUGGGGGGCUGCCUGCGUGGGGAGGGGGCACUUCCAGCCCAGAGCCUUAUUAUGCUUCCUUCAUGGGAAGAAACUUUUUCCUUUGCUGUCUGCUAAGCUGCUAGCAAUCAUCAGGCAGGCAGGUGGUAAAGAUUCAUAUCCAUCAAACAAUGCCAUUUAGUUUGUAACCUGUGACUAAAUCUGGUGUUAGCUUUAAUUUCAGAGUCUGCUUUAGGGCUCGCUUGUUAAUCUCUAUGCAAAGCAGAUGAAAUGAAUAUGCAGCAUUUUGGAUGUAAUUGUACGGCUUCAAUUCAGCACUAUAAUUUUCCAAACAGGAUCUUGCAAUCAAGCUUCUAUUCAUUAGUGUAUAAACAAUUUAGUUUCUCAGCUCUCCAGUAUGCCAAUCAUCUCAAUGGAGUGAGCAUCUCCGACAGAAAGAGGAGGAAAGUUUCCUUUGUGUAACAGAGGUAAAAGUUGCUCCAUACUUCAGACAAUUCCCACCCAGCAGAUCCAGACCAUUCCAACAGAAGUGGACGGUUCCUCGUGUCCCCACAGCACUGACCAGCUGCAAACACUACUCAGGGGAGUGAUGCUCCAGUGAUCUCCCAGCUCAUGUAGCCCCAGGCCCUUCAGGAAUUCUGCAUGUGAGACCUCUGCAGAAGAGCCCAGAUCCCACAGGACCAGGCUGCCUGGAAAGGUGCAAACAUGCAGCACCUCAGCACACCCCAGUGAUGCUCAGGGCUCCCCGAGUGCCCACGACUCUGGGGACAGGGUGGCCAAGCCCCCUCCACGUCCCCAUCCCCCUGACACUCCACACCAGCUCAGCCUUCCAGGACAGAGCCCUGGGGACAUCACACACCUGGGGCCAGUGGCAGCUCCCUCAUGGGAGGGCUGGGGUGACACAGGAGUGGGUGAAGGGCAGGUGUUGAUCUCUGGGGCUCAGCACCCUCAUGGCCGGUGCUCUCCUCAGCGGGGACCCGAGGGUGCUGUGAGCGCCUCUGGCCCCUGCCUGCAUCCCCAUCCAUCUCCAAUCCCCAUCCAUCCCAUCCCCAUCCCUGUCUCCAAUCC